AGCAGCAGGACACACAUGGCCUCCAACACCGCCACCAUGGGGAACCUCCCCAGCGGGAUCGGAAUAUGUACGACCAUCCCCGACAUCCUCUACCUGCCGGAACUGAUCUUCGGGGGUCUGGUCUGGAUCCUGGUGGCGUGCACGCUGGUGGUGCCGGCGAACCCUCAGGGCUGGGUCAUGUUCGUCUCCGUCUUCUGCUUCAUCAUGACCUUCAUCUGGAUGGUGGUGUUCGCCUGCGGGGGGCAUCACAACAAAGGCAGCUGGGCCGCAGCCGACUUUGCGUAUCACGGCAUCGCCGCCUUCUUCUACCUCAGUGCUUCAGUUUCUUUGGCCAAAGUGACCCUGGACCUGAAAGAUGACAGCCAGAACUUCCAGAGCUACCAGCUGGACAUCUCUGCAGUGGUGUUCUCGUACGUGGCGACUCUCCUGUACUUCAUCCAUACCAUCCUGUCCGCCAUCCGAUGGAAAUCUUUCUAG